GUAUAUUUAGGGGUGUUUAACCUUAAAAUGGCUGCGCCCAUGUGAUGAAAAUUGCAUAUGUUUAUCAAUGAUCAAUAAUUGUAGACACAUCUUUCGUUCAAGAAGAUUGAGAAUGAGCACUUUUGUGUCUAAGAUUAAUCGGAUAUCAGGGAAAAUGGAAUGGGAUUUCAGGGAAGACGACUAUGAUUACAAACAAGAGAUUGCUAGAUCUGCUUAUGCUGACAUGUUACAUGAUACUGAGAGGAAUCAGUUGUAUUAUAAAGGACUAGAAAUAGCAAUUGCUAAGUUGAGACAGAAAGGCCAGGCUGUACAUGUACUAGAUAUUGGAACAGGGACUGGUUUAUUGUCUAUGAUGGCUGCAAAACUUGGUGCAGACACAGUCCAUGCAUGUGAGGCGUUCAAACCAAUGGCUGAAUGUGCCUCCAAAAUAAUUGCGCAGAAUGGGUUUGCUGAUAAGAUUAAGCUAGUUCCAAAACGUUCCACAGAUCUUGUGGUUGGAGAAGGUAAAGACCUUCCUAGAAGAGCAAAUAUAUUGGUUACAGAAGUGUUUGAUACAGAGCUGAUUGGUGAAGGGGCUAUAGGAACAUUUACUCAUGCUCACAAGGAGUUGUUAGAGAAAGACUGUAUAGUGAUCCCAUCCUAUGCCAAUCUUUAUGUACAAGUAGUCACCUCUGACCUGGUUAGAAGAUGGAAUCAAGCUGAAGAUAUUGUAGUAAAUGAUAGCAGAGUUACUGCCCCUGAUGAGAUCUCCAACUGUGGUGGAGCACCUUCAUUACAUGACCUUCAACUUGAUCAGUUGCCAAUGGAUACGUUCACUGUACUUACUGAACCAAAGAGGGUGUUUAGGUUUGACUUUACUGGAAAAACAUCACUGCCAUUUGAAAACACAUCAAUACUAGAUUGUACAAUGUUGAACACUGGGUUGGUAGAUGCUGUGUUUAUGUGGUGGGAUCUGGAGAUGGAUCCUGACAGUGAAAUUAUCCUAUGCUGCGCACCAAGGUGGGCCCAUCCUACACCAAAUGAUAUGCAGUGGAGGGACCAUUGGAUGCAAGCUAUCUAUUACCCAUACAGCAGGCUAUCAGUUGCCAAGGGUGAUAUUGUCAAGGUCAUAAGUAAACAUGAUGAGUACAGUUUAUGGUUUGAUGUUGCCAUGGAAACUGUAAAAGAAAAUUGUCCAGAGGAACGUCCUAUAUGUAGAUGUGGCGCUCAUAUUUCCUACGGAAGAACAAGGAUGGGCAUGAUUAAUGAUCCUGACAGGAAUAAAAUCUUUAUUGACGUCCUGAAAAAGAAUAUAUCAGAAGAAAGCACCUGUCUGUGUAUAAGUGAUGGCAGUCUGUUACCACUGAUUGCCGCUCGACUUGGUGCAAAACAUGUCUACACAAUAGAAACAAACCACAUGUGUAAGCGGGUGAUUAAAGAGUUCAUAAAACAUAACAAACUACAAGAUAGUGUUACUGUUCUAGAUAAAUUACCUGAAGAUAUAGGAGAAACAGAUAUACCAGAAAAGAUUGACAUUAUAAUAGGGGAACCAGUAUUUCAAUCAUCUCUUCUUCCAUGGGAUAAUAUGUGUUACUGGUACCUAAGUCAGCAGUUCGGGAACCAUUUGUCAGACCAAUGUAAAGUGUUACCAGGGAAAAUGACAAUAUAUGCCAUAGCUGUAAAUUAUGUAGAUUUAUGGAAGAUCCGGGCAGAUGUUGGAAUUUGUGAGGGCUUUAACAUACAAGAAUUUGAUAAGAUUAUUCAGAAAAGCUCAGAGGAAGUAGAUGAGAAUGUAGAACCGCAUCCACUGUGGGAGUAUCCUUGUACAGCAGCCGGUAAUCAGCAACAAGUGUUAAACAUAGACUUUACUAAGUCAAUGACUGACACAUUACCUGAAGACAGGUGUAUUUGUCUUAAUGUUGCAAGCAAAGAACCAUGCAAUGGCGUUGCCAUGUGGGUGGAGUUUGAUUUUGGAAAUAGUCAUGUGAUCACAACAGGACCAAAACAGCCAAUCAAAAUUGGAGAAAAAGUUGUAUGGGACUAUCAUUCAAAACAAGGUGUCCAUUUGUUUUAUAACAACCAGAAAACAAGGUGUAGUUCUGAAAGUAGUGCAAUAGAUGUAAAGGUGGACUUUAUACCGAAAGAAGGAAAAUUGGACUUUAAGUUUUCUCCGAAAUGGUUGUAAAAACAGAUUGUUUUUAAUAGCACAAAGUAAUUCAACUUACUGUUAAGUGCAUCAUACAUGUAUGUGGAAGGAAAAUAGGAAGUUUAAAAAUAGUUAUUCCAUGAAUAAGGUUAAAAACAGGCAGCUGGUCUGAGUUCAUACACAGGUAGUCCAUUGUUAAGCAGUUCAUGGCUAAAGGUUGAAAAAGAGGCAGUUCAUGGUUAAAGUUUAAAAAGAGGCAGUCCAUGGUUAAAGUCUAAAAACAGGCUGUUAAUGGUUAAAGUCUAAAAACAGGCAGUUCAUGAUUAAAAUUAAAAAACAGACAGCCAUGGUUUAAGUUUAAAAACAGACAGUUCAUGGUUAAAGAUUAAAAACAAACAGGCCACAUGUGGUUAAGGUUAAAAACAGGCAGGUCAUGGUUAAAGUUAAAAAACAGACAGGUCAUGGUCAAAGUUUAAAAACUGACAGGCAUGGUUAAAGUUAAAAGACAGGCCAUGGUUAAGUUUAAAAAAAGACAGGCCAUGGUUAAAGUUUAAAAAAAACUUACAGGCCAUGGUUAAAGUUAAAAAAACAAACAGGCAAUGGUUAAAAUUUAAAAAAGGCAGAUCAUGGUUAAAGUUAAAAAACGGACAGGCCAUGGUAAAAGUUUAAAAACUGACAGGCCAUGGUUAACAUUAAAAGACAGGCCAUGGUUAAAGUUAAAAAACUUACAGGCCAUGGUUAAAGUUAAAAAAAAAAAAACAGGCAAUGGUUAAAAUUUAAAAAAGGCAGGUCAUGGUUAAAGUUAAAAAACAGACAGGCCAUGGUUAAAGUUAAAAAAAAAACAACAGGCAAUUGUUAAAAUUAAAAAAAAGACAGGCCAUAGUUAAAGUUAAAAAAAGACCUUUAAAAACAGAUAGGCAAUGGUUAAAGUUUAAAAACAAACAGACCAUGGUUAAGACUUCAAACAGGCAGUUCAUGGUUAAAAGUUCGCACACAGACAGUCAUUGCUAGACAGUCCAUUGUUAUAGUAUAAAAACAUCCAGUUUUUGGAUAAAUGUGCUUAAACUUACAAAAAUUGUUUUCACUUUUAUUGUUUGCUGAUAAUUUGUUUUAUAAAUCCUUUUUCGUGUAUAUUUACAGCUUUUCCCUUAGUGUUGCUAAAUGCUGUUGUUUGUGAUAAGUGUCAACCUUCUUUUUAAUAAACUAUAUAGACAG